AUGCCUGGUGGAGGAGUCGUUGCCGUUACCGGCACCACCGAUGUCAAUCGCGUCGAGGCCCCCGUCACCGUGAGGGCCUACCUCAUUGUCGCCUUCGCCGCAUUUGGAGGCAUCUUCUUCGGAUAUGACACUGGUUGGAUGGGUGGUGUCCUCGCCAUGCCCUACUUCAUCAAGCAGUACACUGGCCUCGCCUAUCCAGAGGACACCGGCCUGACUGGCCAGGCCCUGGACGCCUACACCAAGAACUUUGUCGUUACCCCCUCCCAAGUCUCUCUGACCACCUCCAUCCUGUCUGCCGGUACCUUCUUCGGUGCCAUCGUUGCUGGUGAUAUUGCCGACUUCAUUGGCCGUCGUCUGACCAUCAUCAUUGGCUGCCUCAUCUUCGUCGUCGGUGGUAUCCUCGAGACUGCUUCUACCGGUCUGGGCGUCAUGGUGGCUGGCCGUCUUGUUGCUGGUUUUGGUGUUGGUUUCAUCUCGUCCAUUGUCAUCUUGUAUAUGUCUGAGAUUGCUCCUCGUAAGGUUCGCGGCGCCGUCGUUGCUGGCUACCAAUUCUGCAUUACUAUCGGUAUCCUGCUCGCCAACUGCGUCGUCUACUCGACCCAGGCCCGCAAGGACACCGGUUCGUACCGUAUCCCCAUCGCCGUACAGUUCCUGUGGGCCAUCAUCCUCGGUACCGGUCUCGUUCUGCUCCCCGACUCCCCCCGUUUCUUCGUGAAGAAGGGCAAGCUCGACAAGGCCGCCGCGGCUCUCGCCCGCGUCCGUGGCCAGCCAGUUGACUCGGAAUACAUCCAGGACGAACUUGCUGAGAUCAUCGCCAACCACGAGUACGAGAUGUCCAUCAUUCCCCAGACCAGCUACCUUGGUUCGUGGAAGUCUUGCUUCGAGGGCAAGAUCAGCUCGCCAUCUUCCAACGCUCGCCGCACUACUCUUGGUAUAAUCUUGCAGAUGAUGCAGCAGCUGACUGGUAUCAACUUCAUCUUCUACUUCGGUCCCAUCUUCUUCAAACAGCUUGGCACCAUCAGCAACCCCUUCUUGAUCUCGCUUGUUACGACCCUCGUCAACGUCUUGUCUACCCCCUUCUCCUUCGUCAUGGUUGAGAAGAUUGGUCGCCGUAACUUGCUCGUCUUUGGUGCCGCUCUCAUGGUCCUCUUCCAGUUCAUCGUCGCCAUCAUUGGUGUCACUGCUGGAAAGCCGGAGAACAACAACCCCAACGCCACCCGGGCCAUGAUUGCCUUCAUCUGCUUGAACAUCGCCUCCUUCGCCACUACCUGGGGUCCCUGCGCCUGGAUCGUCAUUGGUGAAAUCUUCCCUCUCACCAUCCGUUCCCGCGGUGUCGGCCUCUCCACCGCCUCCAACUGGUUCUGGAACUGCAUCAUCGGUGUCAUCACCCCCUACCUUGUCGCUGACCAGCCGCACUCUGCUAAGCUGGGCUCCAAGGUCUUCUUCAUGUGGGGCGGACUCUGCGUCAUCUCCUUCCUGUUCGCCUUCUUCUUCGUUCCCGAGACAAAGGGGCUUACUUUGGAGCAAGUCGACAAGAUGUUGGAGGAGAGCACCCCCCGUACGUCCAGGGCCUGGAAGCCGCACUCCACCUUCGCCGCCGACAUGCAUCUUGCCGAAAAACACAUCGAGGUUCCCGUCUCGACCAAGGAGGUCCACGAGCCCAAGUCCGAGGUCUAA